AUGCCAUCGUCCACGUCCGCCUCUGAUAAAUCAAGACAAACCUCGGCGGGAAAAUCGUUCUUUGGGAGGAAACUGCACAAGGAGAAGCCGGUAGAGAUUCGCCAUGAGAGCAGCAGCACAAGCAGUCUUGGCGAUCUGGAGAAUCUCGCGCCACCAGGGAGUGCCGCUGGUUCUCGUUCGUCGCGGCAUUCGAACAAACGCACUUCUGUCCAAUCUAUUGAUAAUAAUCCCUACGAUCUCGAUUCUGGCGGUAUCGCGCCCUCGGCUGGUGUGAUUACGUCCAUCCCUUUUGAGAGCACUCCCUCCGAUACUCGUAACCCGAUUCCCGUGGAUUAUCUGUCCAAUGCGUCUCCGCGGAGAGAACCAUCGCCUCACCAUUUGGCCCUAGGUGGUGGGGAUUUCCAUCAGUACCCGGUGUUUAAUCCGUCUGCGGCUCAAGUACCGAAUUACUACUCCCAUCCCACCGGCCCUCGUCCGCCACCGCAUGCUUCGAAUAUGACUAUGAGUGGGAGUUCAACAGGUGAUAGGGGGCCGCGGUAUCAGCAAUGGGGGAGACCGGGUAGUUCGGCCACGAAUGCGCCAUUCAGUCAUAAUUCCUCAUCGACCUUCGAUUCCUCUCAGAACUCCCGCCUCUCGCUCGAUCAGAUGAGUCUCCAUUCGUCCGUUUCGUCAAAUACACGAGGCUCAAACUAUUUUUCCACCGAUGGUUCAAACCGCACGAUUACGACCUCUCACUCCGAUCGAAAUAACCUCACACCCAGUGGGAGUUCCAGCCGAUUAUCGACCGUAUCGACUGCGACUACCGGACCCCCGCCUAUCGUCCCAGAACAAUACCUUUCUCGACCCCGGGAUGACCGUAUAGUGGAUCAGCUGUUUCUGGAGUUGAUGCAGAAGCGAGGUUGGCAGAACCUUCCGGAGCAGGCGAAACGGCAGAUGUUGGCAUACCCGGCUUCGAAGAAAUGGACUCUUGUGCACCAAGAUCGUUUAACGGAGUUACAAGGCGAACAGAAGCGGAGGCAGAAUGCCCGGCAGACUCAUGGUCAUGAUGGGCCUGUGGGGAUUCUCGAACGGGCUGAUGAAGAGGGAAGCCCGGAGUGGUAUGUGAAGAAGGUUAUGGAUGAUACGAUUACGUCCAAGCAACUGGCCAGUUUGAGUGUCAGUUUGCGAACACAGCCAAUUAGUUGGGUUAGGGCAUUUGUCGAAGCUCAAGGCCAAAUCGCAUUGACAAACGUGCUCAUAAAAAUCAACCGGAGGAAGGCUUCUGGACCUGUUCCCGCACCCCCGACUGGUGAUAAGGAUUUGGACCGCGAAUAUGACAUUGUCAAGUGCCUGAAGGCACUGAUGAACAACAAGUACGGCGCAGACGAUGCUCUCUCACAUCAGCAAGUCAUCGUCGCGCUCGUCACUUCCCUGCUGUCGCCCCGACUGAACACGAGGAAACUGGUCAGCGAAGUCCUGACAUUCCUUUGCCAUUGGGGUGAGGGUGAGGGCCACCUGAAGGUCCUCCAGGCCAUGGACCAUGUCAAGAAUUACCAGGGUGAAACGGGCCGCUUUGAUGCCUGGAUGCGGAUCGUCGAGGUUACGACAGACGGUCGAGGUAAGAUGGGCAGUUUGGUCGGUGCCAGCGAGGAGUACCGGAGCGGAGGGAUUGGAAUGGAGAACUUGCUCAUGGAAUAUGCCGUUUCGACCAUGAUCCUCAUAAACAUGAUGGUGGAUGCGCCGGAGAAUGACCUGCAGCUCCGAUGUCACAUUCGAGCCCAGUUCAUCUCAUGUGGUAUCAAGCGUCUCUUGACGAAGAUGGAGGGCUUCCAGUAUGAGGUGAUCGACAAGCAAAUUGAACGGUUCAGGGAGAAUGAAGCCAUCGAUUACGAAGAUCUCCUGCAGCGCGAGGGCAGCAGCGUCAAGGACAGCAUCGAGGGCGAGGUCAAGGACAUGUCCGAUCCGAUGCAGAUUACCGAUGCCAUCGCCUCUAGAAUCAACGGAAGCCGGGCACACGACUAUUUCCUCUCGGCUAUGCAGCACAUGCUGCUGAUCCGCGAGAACUCCGGCGAGGAUGGCUUGCGGAUGUUCCAGCUCGUGGAUGCGAUGAUGAGCUACGUCGCCAUGGACCGGCGGUUGCCCGAUCUGGACUUCCGGCAAGGGUUAACGUUUACCGUACAGAGUCUCUUAGAUCGUCUCCACACAGAUGCAGAGGCUAGGCAGGUGUACGAUGAAUCGCUGGAAGCCCGGCAGAUUGCCGAAGCGGCGAUUGCGGAGCGCGAUGAGAUGAAAGCACAGGUGGAACUUGGUGCUGAUGGUCUCGUCAAGAAGCUGCAGAAGCAGAUUGAUGAGCAGACAGGCAUCAUAGAGUUGCAGGCUAGGCAAAACGAAGCUAUCAAGGCGGAGGUUGCCGAUGUGCAGCGGCUGCGUGCUCAGGAGUUGCAGCGCAAUGAACUUGAGACCCGUGAGCUGUAUCUCAUGCUCCGUGACGCCCAGGAUAUCGCCGCGUCGAAUGCGAAGAAGAGUAACGUCGCAGAAACGGAUCCGUCCCAGAUGAGAGGUAUCAUGGACCGUGAUCAGCUGCUAGGGAGGCUGGAGAGACAGCUGGAGCGCACCAAGACCCAAUUCAAGUUGGAAGGUAGGGUUUGGGGCCAGCAUGGACCGUCUGACCGUCUGCGUGAAUUACGUGAGCAGAUGGAUGGAGAAGCCGAACCCAGCGACGAUUUCGAGGAGCAAGCUCGUCUGAACUUGGAUAACAAUGCCUUGGGAUCUGUGCAUCGCAAGAGAAGCCAUGUUGGCUUGACCAAUGAAACGGACGAGAAAGGACAGCCGAUCUAUGUCCCGCGGCCCCGAAUGGACCCUUCGCAGGCGACUGGUCUGCUUGGUGAGAUCGCUUCUAAGGUCCCUAAGAUCGAUGCCGAUGUCCCUGGAGCGGUGGACGAGGAGGCUACUCCCAAGCCGCCUAUAGAACCCGAAGACGAAGUCGCUGCCGAGGAAGCCAAGGCCGGUUUCGAGGGCGCAACACCAGACAAGGCUGGAGCUGCUGCUGCUCCUCCCCCCCCUCCUCCUCCUCCACCACCACCACCACCUCCGGGCAUGGCUGGGAUGCCCCCGCCGCCUCCUCCGCCCCCGCCGCCAGGUGGUGCCAUUGGUAUACCCCCUCCCCCUCCUCCACCCCCACCACCGCCGCCCGGUGGUGCAGGUAUUCCUCCCCCACCGCCUCCUCCUCCUCCUCCAGGCAUGGCUGGGAUGCCUCCGCCUCCUCCACCCCCGCCACCGCCAGGUAUGGCUGGCGCAAUGCCUCCACCACCUCCACCACCGCCUGGUAUGAAUUUUGGAGCACCUCCGCCACCUCCACCGCCUGGUGCUGGCUUCGGAGGCUGGAGAGCCAAUUACAUGGCUUCUCAGGGUGUGCCUGGUGCCAAGACUGGUAUGAUGCCAUCAAUCCGGCCUAAGAAGAAACUCAAGGCUUUGCACUGGGACAAGGUGGAUGCUCCACAAGUCACGGUGUGGGCAUCGCAUGCCCCAACACCGGAGGACCGAGAGGAGAAGUACUCAGAGCUAGCUAAGAAGGGUGUGUUGGAUGAAGUUGAGCGGCUGUUCAUGGCGAAGGAGACCAAGAUCUUCGGACGCAGUAAUGCGGCCAAACAGCGCAAGGACAAGAAGCAGAUUAUCUCCAACGAGUUAUCCAAGACGUUCCAGAUCGCAAUGGCCAAGUACUCUCAGUAUCCGCCUGAGGAUAUCGUGCGGAUGAUUAUUCAUUGUGAUGCUGAGAUUCUGGAUAACAUGGUCGUCAUGGAGUUCUUGCAAAGGGACGAGAUGUGCACGAUUCCUGAGAACAUCUCUAAGCUGAUGGCGCCGUAUAGCAAGGACUGGACUGGUCCUGAUGCCGCCAGUUCCGAUCGGGAGCAGGAUCCUAGCGAACUUACUAAGGAAGAUCAGAUCUACCUGGCUACUGCUUUCGAGUUGCACCAUUACUGGAAGGCUAGGAUGCGUGCGCUUGCUCUGACACGGUCGUUUGAGCCGGACUACGAGCACAUUUCAACCAAGCUUCAGGAUGUGGUCAAGGUUAGCGAAUCACUGCGUGACUCGGUGGCCUUGAUGAACGUCCUUGGAUUGAUUCUUGACAUUGGUAACUUCAUGAACGACGCCAACAAGCAAGCCCAAGGAUUCAAGCUGGGCUCUCUCGCGCGCCUGGGUAUGGUCAAGGAUGACAAGAACGAGACCACCUUCGCCGAUCUGGUCGAGCGUAUCGUCCGCAACCAAUACCCCGAGUGGGAGGGCUUUGUGGAUGAGAUCACCGGCGUCGUCAAUAUCCAGAAGCUCAAUGUCGAUUUACUUCGUCAGGACGCCAAGAAGUAUAUCGAUAAUAUCAAGAACAUUCAGGCUUCCUUGGACGCGGGUAACCUGAGCGAUCCAAAGAAGUUCCAUCCGCAGGACCGUGUUAGUCAAAUUGUGCAACGGAGUAUGAAGGAUGCUAGGCGGAAGGCGGAGCAGAUGCAGUUGUAUCUGGAGGAGAUGACGAAGUCGUAUAAUGAUAUCAUGGUGUUUUAUGGUGAGGACAGUGCGGAUGAGAACGCGAGACGGGAUUUCUUUGCCAAGUUGGCAGCAUUUGUGAUGGAGUGGAAGAAAUCCCGAGAGAAGAAUAUGACCCUGGAAGAAAGCAGGAAGCGUACGGAGGCGUCGCUGGCCCGCAAGCGUAUGAAUAUGAACACUGCUCUUGCCAAUGGUGCCGGUACCGCUACCGAGGCGCCCAACUCGCCUGCUACUAGCGGUGCAAUGGAUUCGCUAUUGGAGAAGUUGCGUGCCGCUGCUCCUCAAGCCAGAGACCAGCGUGACCGUCGUCGCCGUGCCAGAUUAAAGGAACGACACAAUGUCCGCGUCGCGUCGGGACAGCAGAUUCCCGAGGACAUUGGAGCUGAAGAGGGCACGGAAGCAAACGAGGUCGAGAGCAACGCCGGCCAGGCCAAAGAUGAUUAUGGCGCCAGUGCUGCGGACUCUGAUGCGGAUUCGACUAUCUAUGCCUUAUCGACGGCAUCAGGUCGCGCCGCUAUUGCGGUAGUGAGGGUUUCGGGUGAUGCUUGUAUAGAGAUAUACAAAGCCCUAUGCCCGAAUACAACUCUCCCGAAACCACGGCUCGCCGCUCUACGAACGCUCUACGAACCGGGACAUAAUAACGGCAACGUACUAGAUGCCGGGGCAUUAGUGCUAUACUUCCCCGCCCCCAAGACCGUUACGGGCGAGGAUGUCCUUGAGUUUCAUGUACAUGGUGGACCGGCUAUUGUCAAGUCUGUCCUGAGCGCAAUUGGAGACCUUAAUCGUACUGAUAAUAUAAUUCGAUACGCUGAACCGGGUGAAUUCACCCGCCGCGCGUUUAUGAAUGAUCGCCUUGACCUGCCUCAGAUCGAAGCGCUUGGAGGGACUCUUGUCGCUGAUACGGAGCGGCAACGCCGUCUUGCUGUGCGGGGUGCGAAUGAUACGCUGUCGAAGCGUUAUGAGCAAUGGCGACAUCAACUCCUGUAUGCGCGCGGGGAGCUUGAAGCGCUGAUUGACUUUGCAGAAGAUCAGCAUUUUGAUGAAUCGGCUGGAGAACUACUUUCAUCUGUUGCGGGACAGGUACAUGUACUUGUUUCGCAGAUUGGUUUCCAUAUACAGAAUGCAUCGAAGGGCGAGUUGUUACGGAAUGGGAUCCGAAUUGCGCUUCUGGGUGCUCCGAAUGCUGGAAAAAGUUCGUUGUUGAAUCGUGUUGUGGGAAAGGAAGCCGCAAUUGUUAGUACUGAGGAAGGGACGACGAGGGAUAUCGUCGAUGUUGGAGUUGAUUUGGGCGGAUGGUAUUGUAAAAUUGGGGAUAUGGCUGGGAUUCGCUCAGAAGCUGGGUCUGGGGAUACAGUUGUGGCGAUUGGAGCCGUGGAGAAGGAGGGUAUUCGUCGUGCAAGGGAGAGGGCGUUGGAAUCAGAUGUUGUGAUUGUUGUUGCGUCGUUGGAUGAGAGUGGUCGGUUGGUUGUUGAGCGGGAGGUCGUUGAUGCUACGCGGGAUUGCAUCGACGAUGAAAAAUAUAUCCUGAUCGUGGUAAACAAAUGCGAUCGUCUCCCGUCGACGGAACGAAUCACAUCCGGUCUAAUCCCGCUCACCCUAUUCGAGAAUGUCACCACGCUCUUCCCAAGCGUCCCCCACAACCGCAUCUUCGGUAUAUCCUGCCAAGAAGCCCAAACCCUACCACCAUCGUCCCUAGAACAAAACACAGACCCCGGAAACCUUCAAACCUUCCUCCGCGGCCUUAUCAGCACAUUUGAAGAAAUCGCCUCACCACUGGGAAUCGAAGGAGACGACAACGGCCAAUACGACCAUUCAUACUGGGAGGAUUCGCUGGGCGUCACGCACCGCCAGAGUUCGAAUUUAAUGCGGUGUAAGCAGCAUCUUGAUGACUUUUUGGUACAAACGAAGCCAGGUUCGAAUGGCGGUGCUUAUGACGGUCCUCUGGGUGAGGAGGUGGAUAUCGUGACUGCUGCUGAGAAUCUGCGGUUUGCGGCUGAUGCGCUUGCAAAGAUUACGGGGAAGGGAGAGAGUGGGGAUGUGGAGGAUGUGCUGGGGGUUGUUUUUGAGAAGUUUUGUGUUGGGAAGUAA